AUGGGGAAGAACAAGAAAAAACUGAACAAUAAUGGACAUAAUUUGAAUAACAAGAUCAAGGAAUCAAAAGAAAAUGGGGAAACCAACAAUGAAAAGGAAGAAGUUGAAUUAACAAAUAGCAUACAAGAGACACAAUCUGCCAUUGACUCAUUACAUAUAGCGAGUGAGGAUGAGAAAAAUAGCCUACGAACUGAAGAAGAAUCCUCUUCUGAAAAAAAUGGAACUACAAUUCAAUCAAACAAUAAUGGUUCUGAAACGUCAGUGCUAUCUCAAAAAUUAAAAGAAGUAGAGGAAGAAAGAGACAAAAUUCAAUCAGCAUACGAUUCAUUGUAUAGUAAAUUAUCAGGAACAAAAGCUUAUUUUCAAAAAAUGAAAGACAAUGAAGAGAUAUUAGAACAAUCAGUUGAAGAAUUAACUAAUGAAAAUGAAAAAUUGAAAAAUGAAAAUACUCAGUUGAAUGAUACAGUGAAAGACUUGAAAGAGAAAUUCCAUGAACAGAUAAACCCAUCAGAAGUACAAACUCUUAAAGAACAAAACAUAGAUUUAAACAAUGAAUGUGAAAAAUUAAGUGAUGCUUUAACGAGGACUAGACGAGAGUACACAACAACUAUAGAGGAAUUACAAGAUGAAAAAUAUAAUAUUGAAAAUCGAAAUUCCAAACUAACGAAAAAUAUACAUGAAUUGAAACAAGAGAUUACCGAUCUUACCAUAAUUCAAGGGGAAUUACAAUUGGAACGAAAAAAUUUAACCAAUGAUAUUAACGAAUAUAAAGAGAAAUUAGAUUUCAAAGAAAAAGAAUUAGAAAAAUGCAAAACUACAAUUGAUGAACUUAACGAAAAAAUUAAAAUUAAGGAAUCAGCUAUUCAGGAGGAAGUAUCAAAUUUCAAAUCUCAAAUCGAUAUUUUAACUACCACUAUUGAAGAGAAUAACAAUAUAAGGAAUAAUCUACAAAAUGAACUAGAGACGUACAAAGUAAAACAAACAGAAUUAGAAGAAGAAGUUAAAAAGAUCUCAGAAUAUAAAACAGAAAUAAAUAAUAAACAAUUACUAAUAGGUAAAUUACGUCAUGAAGCUAUAAUACUAAAUGAACAUUUAACAAAAGCAUUAACUAUGUUAAAACAAGGUGGAGAUGGUUCAAAUAAAUCAGUUGAUAGAGAAUUAAUAUCAAAUGUUAUAAUUAGUUUUUUACAAUUUCCAAGAGGUGAUUCUAAAAAAUUUGAAGCUUUACAAUUAAUAAGUGCAUUAUUAGAAUGGGAUCAACUGCAAAAAAUUGCUGCUGGUUUACAACAUUUACCAAAUCAAAAAGGUUUAAAUGGUCCAAUAAAAUAUGAUUCAGAAGGUAAUGAAAUUCCUCAAAGACAAAGCUUUGUGUCUCUUUGGACAGAAUAUUUAGAGAAAGAGUCUUUAAAGAAAUAA